AUGUCAAAAAUUCCAACAAGGAUUGGAAAUAAAACAAAAGAGGAUCCAGUAAAAACUAAGAGAUUAGCUAUUAUUACAUCUUCUCUUCUUCAAGAGCUUCAACAUUACGAAAAUGUCGAAAAAUCUUAUUCAGAACUUAAAAAUAACUUUAAUGAAUUAAUGGGCAUUGCAGAUUCUGCAGAAGAAGCAAUGAAUACAGUCUUUAUGGAACAUAGAAGAGAUUUUGAGGCAGAAUCUUCUAAAUUCGGAGAAAAAAUUACUUCAAUUAUCAGUACGAUUUUCGAAAACAUGUCGAAAAAUGAAGAAGGUAUCAAUAGGCUUACGAAUUCUAUUCCAAAACUAUUAACAUUAACAGAAAAUUAUCAAAACCGAAUUUCUCAAUUAGAAGAUCAAAUAUCACAUCUACAAGCAUCUGCUGUAAGUAAUGUUAACGAUUCUUUGCUUAAAGAUGCAAAUAACAAGAUUAUUGAACUUACUGCUCAAAAUUCCUCUUUAAAGCAGCAAUUACAGUCCAAAGAUGCAGAGAUAAACAAUUAUCAACAAAUUCAAUUAGAAAGCACUACAGAAAAAUCUGCUUUUCAACUUCAAAUUUCAAAAUACGAAUCUGAAAUCAAUAAUUUAAAGCAGCAACUAGCAAAGGAGCAAGAAGAAAAGAACAAUCAAUCAAAUAACCUCAACUACAUCCUAAAUGAAAAGGAAGAUUCACAGAAACAAAUCAAAGACUUAAAUGUUACUCUUAGUCUUCUUAAAACAGAACGUGAUACUGCAAUUAACCAAUUAUCAGAAGCUCAGAGCAAAAUUGUGAGCAUUCAAUCUGAAUUUUCUCAAUAUAAACUACAAAAUGAAGAAAAACUUGCUUCAAAUGAAAAGAAUUUAAUUCAAUUGCAGUCUUUGAUUACAUCUUUAACAGAAGAACGUGAUUCUGCUCGUAAAGAACUCAAAAACAAGGAAGAUUUCAACUUAAUUCUUUCAAAAGAAAGAGAGAAUCUUAUUAAAGAGUCACACGAUAAAGAUCUAUUGAUACAAACUAUGUCUAAUGAGAAAACGGCCCUUAAUAAAGUAAUUGAAGAGAAAUCAUCUGCAUUCAGUAAAAUUAGUAUCCAAAGUAGCACUGUAAUGAGUCAAUUGACUGAGAAGUCCAAUAUUAUCGAUCACUUAACCAAAGAAAAAGACGAAACCAUUGAAAAAUUGAAAGAUCAGAUCAAAGAUCUCGAAAAUCAGAUCAACAAUAUAAAUGAUUCACAUAAUGAGGAACUACAGAGACUCAGAGCUGAAAAGGAUGCAGCAAAUUCCCUUCUUACAGAAAAAAUGAAGUUAAUAAAUGAACUAAAAGAGGAUCAUAAGCAGUCAUCCAUCAAGAUUACGGAGUUGUCAACCGAUAAAAUCACUCUUAUCUCUCAAAUUUCUGACAAAGACAAACAAAUUUCGAAUCUUACGCAACAAAGUGGUCAAAACACAGAAUUAAUGCAACAACUCAACAAGGCAAGGACGGAACGUGAUGAUGUCAUUCAGAAAUUGAGUGAUCAAAUGAAAGAAAACAAUAAAUUAGAAAUCAAAAUUUCUGAAUUAGAAUUAAAGAUCGAAUCAUUAGCCAAAGACUCAGAAACAAACAUUUCAUCAGUACAGUUUUCAUUUACAUCAAGAAUCAAUGAUCUUUCGAACAAAAUCAGAGAACUCGAAGAAGAAAAAACAAAAUUUGAGAAAACAAUUAAAGAAAAAGACCAAUUAACAGCCAAACUCACUGCAGAAAGGGACAACGCGAUCAAGCAGAUGAAUGAGAACUCAAGUUCCAUUAUUUCUUCUGUUGCAAAAGAGAAAGAAAAUCUAAAUUCAAUAAUUAAUCAAUUAAACAAAGAAAAAACAGAAUUAGCAGCUAAACUCAAUGAAAAAACAGAAGAGAAUGAAUCAAAGUCAUUUUUACAGAAGCAGUUAUCAGAACAGAUUAUAUUUGUUCAUAAACUAACAGAAGAAAAAGAUUCAAUCAACAAAAAACUUGAAAAAUUAACAGAAUCGAAAACAUCUGUUGAAAAACAAUUGUCAGAACAAUUAAUACUUGUCCAUAAACUAACAGAAGAAAAGGAAUUAAUUAACAAGAAAUACCAGGAACUAAAUGAUUCCCAGAUUGGUUUGACAAUAGAAAAAGAGAGUUUAGUUAAACAAUUGCAUGAAAAAUACCAAGAAGUACAAAAACUAACAAAAGAAAAAGAAGAAAUACAAAAGACAUUUAACCAAUUAAACACUUCAAAAGAAGAUCAAAAAUCAAUAGAAUUCCAACAAUUAAAACUAAGAAUUUCAGAUUUAGAAUCACUAACAUCUAAGUUGAGAGAAGACAACAAUAAUUUCAAAGAAAACAACCAAAAGAUUUCAUCCGAAAUCAGUGAUUUAAUGAUAGAAAACAAGAAACUAACAAUAGAAAACAACCAAUUACAGAAAGAUCUUAAAGAUGUUGAUCAAAAGAAGAAAGAAAAUGAAACAAAUUACUUAGAAAUCAAAACUAAAUUUGAAUUUUUAAGUAAAGAAAUGGAAAGAAUUAAGAAAGAAAAUGAAAAACUUGAUGGACAAAACCAAGAUUUCGAAAAGAUUAAACAAGAAUUAGAUAAAGCAAAGACAGAACUUGGUGUCAAAUCAUCAUCUUUGAUUGAUUCUCUUAAUAAAAACAAUGAAUUAUUGAAACAAAACAAUUUAUUAGUUUCAAGAUUUAAAGAAAGCGAAACUAAGAACAAAGAAUUAGAAAUGAAAGCAAAUGAUAUAAAGAAUUCAAUGACAUUGACUAUUGCUACUCUCCAAGGAAAGAUUGAUGAAUACGAAGAAGAGAAAGUAACAAAAGAAGAAUUGUUGAAACAAAUGAAAUUAGUUGUUGAAGAAAGAGAUGAAUUGCAACAUUAUUUGGAUGAAGCAAGAGAACAAAUAACAGAAUUAACAAUAAAAGCAGCAAAAUCAGAAAGAGAAUUCCUUUUGGAACAAGAAAAUAAAGACUUAAGAGAUAGAUUGGCUUCUUCUGAUAUAAUGUUGAAUACUUAUACUCAGUUAAACACUAUUUUAGAUGGAAGAGUUAAGCAACAAAAUGAACAAAUAUCAAGAUUACCUUCUGCUCCUUCAACUCCUGUUGUUAAGAAGACAUCAAUUGGAGUUUCUCCGCUAAAAACACCACAAAAAGAAGAAGAACAUGUUUCAUUGAAUGUUAUUGGUCAAAAAGAUUAUUCAGAAGAGAUUUCGAUUCUUCAAAGCAGUCUUAAUAUUUCUAGAAAAGAAAUAUCAAGACUACAAGAUGAAUUAAGUCUGAGUAAGAUGAAUAAUAUCUAUCCGAAGCUUGAGAGGAAAAAGAUCAAGAUACAGAACUUGAAGAAGGAAAUUGAAGAACUCAAUAAGAAGAUUGAUCAAAUUCAGUCAGAAAACAUUGUUGGAACAGAAGAAAUCAAGAAACUAAGAAUUCUAUCUUCACAAUAUUCUGCAGGAGAAAUGAGAGCGAGAGCAGAAUUGUCUAAAUUAGAAGUUCAACUAUCAUCAAUGAUUCAACAUAUGAAAAUUAGUGGAAUGAAUCCAUUAUUCAUUCCUUCUGUUGAUAUCAUUAAUGAUUCAGUUAAUAAAGAACUUGUUGAGAGAUUUAUGACGAGAAUAACAGAGCGAAUGGAUAAAGUCGAAACAGAGAUGUUCCAGAAGAUCGUUAAAUUGGAAAGUACAAUUCGAUCAAUGAUCAUCAGAGUUGACAACUUUUCAAACACAAAAACACAAAGAAUAUCAAUCUACAACAGGAAAGCUAUGACACCAACAAAACUGAAGUCAAAUAGAUUAUAUUUCGAAUCAGAAUCGAUUCCAGAUGCCAGAAUAUAUACUUAA